AUGCUCGUUAUUGCCCGUGGGCGCGCGUCCACUCUGCCAUGCGCCGAUGCCACACGUAGCCAUCGCCAUGAACCUUCGUCUCUCCUCUUCUAGAACUCCAGUUGUCGCGGCGAUUCCCCGGCCACGAUCUACAAACCCGGAAAAACCCCGAAGGAGCGAGUGUGUGGUUACCAAGAGUCCUGAUUAAGCUUGGCAACGUUUAUCUUGUAUACUGUUGUUGCGAGGACGAUGGCGGCGCCGCUCCACUUCGUGCUGGUGCCGCUCCUUUCGCAGGGCCACGUGAUCCCCAUGGUGGAUCUUGCGCGCCUCAUCGCCGCCCGCGCCGGCGCGCGCGUCACCGUCGUCCUGACGCCCGUCACGGCCGCGCGCAACAGGGCCGCCCUGGAGCACGCCGGCCGCGCGGGGCUCGCCGUCGACGUCGCGGAGCUGGAGUUCCCGGGCCCUGCGCUGGGGCUGGCGCCGGGGUGUGAGAGCUCCGAGAUGGUCACGGACAUCUCCCAGAUCACGCUCUUCUACGACGCCGUGUGGCUUCUCGCGGGCCCGCUCGAGGCGUACCUCAGGGCUCUGCCGCGCCGGCCGGACUGCCUCGUCGCCGACACCUGCAGCCCGUGGACGGCCGACGUCGCGCGGCUGCUCGGCGUCCCACGGCUCGUGUUCCACUGCCCGUCGGCCUUCUUCCUCCUGGCGGAGCACAACGUGGCCAAGCACGGCGCGCACGGCUGCGUCGCCGGCGACAUGGAGCCGUUCGAGGUGCCGGGCUUCCCGGUGCGCGUCGUGGCGAGCAGGGCGACGACGCUGGGGUUCUUCCAGUGGCCGGGGCUGGAGAGGCAACGGCGCGACACGCUCGAAGCCGAGGCCACCGCCGACGGCCUGGUCGUCAACACGUGCACGGCCUGGGAGGCCGCGUUCGUCGAGGGCUACGCCGCGGCGCUCGGCCGGAAGAAGGUGUGGGCGGUCGGGCCGCUCUGCCUCCUGGACCAGUCCUCCGACGCCGAGACGAUGGCCGGGAGAGGCAACCGCGCGGCCGUGGACGCCAGCCGCGUCGUGUCCUGGCUCGACGCGAGGCCGCCCGAGUCCGUGCUCUACGUCAGCUUCGGCAGCAUGGCCCGGCUGUUCCCGCAUGAGGUGGCCGAGCUCGCCGCUGCCCUGGAGUCUUCGAACCGGCAGUUCAUCUGGGUGGCCAAGGAGUCCGACGACGAAAUCGGCUCCGGCUUCGACGCCCGUGUCGCGGGCCGCGGCCUCGUGAUCCGUGGCUGGGCGCCGCAGAUGACCAUCCUGGCUCACCCUUCAGUCGGCGGCUUCCUGACGCACUGCGGCUGGAACUCGACGCUGGAGUCGCUCUCCCACGGCGUGCCGCUCCUGGCGUGGCCGCAGUUCGCCGACCAGUUCCUGAACGAGACGCUGGUCGUGGACGUGCUCGGCGCCGGCGUGCGCGUUGGUGCCAAGGUGCCGUCCACGCACGUGCUCCUGCACCCCGAGACGCCGCCCGCGGUGCAGGUCAGGAGGGACGACAUUGAGAGGGCGGUGGCCGAGCUGAUGGAUGAGGGGGCGGUGAUGCGGGUGCGGGCAAAGGAGCUCGCCACGACGGCAAGGGAGGCGAUGGCGGAGGGCGGGUCGUCGGACCGCGAUUUGGGAGACAUGGUUCGCCAUGUCCGGGAGCUCGCUGGAGCAGAGGAAGGACCAAGACGUGGUUCUUGAUUUGCCUGAGCUAUUGAUCCACUCCUGGAUGGUUUUUGAGUUGAAGUACUCCAAUUUCUUUAGGCAGCGAUGAUUUUGAUCAUGGCAGCAUGGUACGGAUGGCAUGCUCAAACUCUCUAGGAGCUCUCAGAAAAACAAUCUUGAAAGAUGGAAAACAAUACUUCAGUUUUAAUUCUGAUUUUCUAGUUCUAUGCUGCCACCAAUUGUAGAUUCAAUUGGAACCUAGAGUAUCAUUUUCAUUAAUAGGCAAUUCCUUCAGAAUUUCAGAUUUAACAUCGAUUAUAGUUCAUUAUACAUGUAACACUCGAUACUGCACAUGUGAACCAUGUUUUGUUUUUUUUGGAAGUUCAACACGGGUAUAAACACUGCUCAUCUCA